GUAUGUUUUUCUCUUUUCCUUCCUCCUUCUGCAUGACCUCUGCGGCGGUAUUUGAUGCAAUUGAGGGACUAACCACCGCGACGAUAUAUAUAUAGGUAUCCAGUCCCUACCAUCCCCGCAUCACAAACCACGUCCAUAAAAUAACCACCUGCGCCUGAGUCGACAAACCACCAUCUUACCAAUUGCUCCCUAUCUGCGUCCUUAAUAUCGAUUCCGCAGAAUACACUCUCACAAUGGGCUCCAACCCCCUCCCCGCCGUGACAACGACCGUGCAGCCUCCUCCAGGCCCAAACACAGUCCGCCCGACCCCCGCUGACCCUUACCCCGCGCAGAAUCCACCAACAUUCACAGAUGCGAUGAUCGUACGAACCAAAGUCUUCAUCGAAGAACAGAAAUGCUCUGAAGAAGGCGAGCUGGACGAAGACGACGCGCGCAGCUGGCAGUGGGUGGUUUACACGAACGAAACAUCUUCUACCAGGACACCCAUCGGAGUGAUCAGACUAGUACCGCCGCCUCACGAGCCGCAUGAAGCGCUGAUCCAUCCCGAGAAGGCGGCGAGUCUGCCGAAAUAUGACCUAUCGCAUGAACCGUACGUGAAACUUACACGGGUCGCCGUGAUGCCAGAGUAUCGGGGCAGGGGACUCGCUCGGUUUCUCGUCGAGACGGCGCUGCAGUGGGCGGCGGAGCAUCCGGGGGAGAUCGCCGCGGCCUACGCGCAGGUGGUGGGUGGUGCUGGGGACGGACAGACGAAGCAGAAGGAGAAGAUGUCUUGGAAGGGUCUCGUGCUGGUCCAUGCCCAGGUGCAGGUGGAGAAGCUAUAUGAGCGACUCGGGUUCGUCACCGAUGAGGCUCUGGGACGGUGGUAUGAGGAAGGUAUAGAGCAUGUCGGGAUGUGGAGGCGGGUGGACAUGCAAGGCCCAGCAUAGACUCAGCAGACUUCCGUUCAGACAACUUCUCGCGUGCCUACAGGGAUGGCUACGCUGUAUAUAAAAUUAAGAGCGGUGAUUAUCUACGGGAAUUACCCUUUGAUAGACUGGAACUCCGUGCGGAUAGAAUAGACACCUAAAGAUCGAAAUAGUUCGGAAAAUUGCGAUACAUCAACCACGCAGGACAUUUUCAUUAAUAGUAGCCAACGUCUGCCGCAUGCAUGGUAGCUCCACUGGUCAUCCAUCACUUCCAGAGUAGAUAGCGACAGAUGGACAUAAGUGACAGGGUAUCAAGAUCUCCCGUGCAAAGCCAGAAGACCACAUGCGAUAAAUACCCCGGAAUGAAAAUUAAG